GAUGGUCUUAACCCUUCAAUUACUAGCGGGAGGCGCUGCGUUUCCAGGGCGGAGGAAACGAGGCGCCGCGCUGGCGCCUGGACGGCGGGAAGCGGCUCCGGAGCGAGAACGCGCAUGGUCUCACCUGUCACCCAGGCUGGACUGCAUUGGCCUCAAUCUCCUGAGUUCAAGUGAUCGUCCCACCUCAGCCUUCCUAGUAGCUGGGACCAUAGGUGUGCAGCAUCAUGCCUGGCUAAUUUUUAGAAUACUUUUGUGGAGAUGGUGGUCUUGCCCUGUUGCUCAGGCUGACCUCAAACUCCUGGGCUGAAGCAGUCCUCCCACCUCAGCCUCCCAAAGUGCUUGGAUUAGAGGCAUGAACCACCAUUCCUGGCUCCUUGAACAAUAUUUUAUUCCUCAGACUGAGAUGUGUCCUUGGGAUGGGGCUGCAUUUGAUAAUUCACUGAAGGCACUGCUGAAUGGAGGGGACCCUCAGUAAAUACCUGGAGGAAUGUGACCUGGCCAGUGAGGUUAUUUUCUUUUGUAGGUGAAAGGUGUAACAGUCACUCGGCCUACACCCACAGUAUCGACCUUGUGAACCCAGCGACCUGACUGCCUUGGUCUGGGUUCUGCCCGCACACAUUCCUCGCUACCUUCUUCGUGUCUGAGAACCUCCAGCUUCACCUCCUUUUCUGGACCCAAGGGCCUGGCGGGGCUUCCAGCUGGGACCAGACCUCCAUGGAUCCACUCCAGAAACGGAAUCCAGCAUCACCUUCCAAAUCUUCCCUGAUGACAGCUGCAGAGACUUCCGAGGAAGAUCCAGCGUCCUCUCAGCCUUCUUACUCAGAACAGCCGAUGAUGGGCCUCAGUAACCUGAGCCCCGGUCCUGGCCCCAGCCAGGCCGUGCCUCUCCCAGAGGGGCUGCUCCACCAGCGGUACAGAGAGGAGAAGACGCUGGAAGAGCGGCAGUGGGAGAGGCUGGAGUUCCUUCAGAGGAAGAAAGCGUUCCUGCGGCACGUGAGGAGGAGACACCGCGAUCACAUGGCCCCCUAUGCUGUUGGGAGGGAAGCCAGAGUCUCCCCGUUAGGUGACCGAGGUCAGAAUCGAUUCCGAUGUGAAUGUCGAUACUGCCAGAGCCACAGGCCAAAUCUUUCUGGGAUCCCUGGGGAGAGUAACAGGGCCCCACAACCCUCCUCCUGGGAGACGCUGGUGCAGGGCCUCAGUGGCUUGACCCUCAGCCUAGGCACCAACCAGCCCGGGCCUCUGCCCGAAGCAGCACUCCAACCACAGGAGACAGAGGAGAAGCGCCAGCGAGAGAGGCAGCAGGAGAGCAAAAUAAUGUUUCAGAGGCUGCUGAAGCAGUGGUUAGAGGAGAACUGAGACGUGCACCCACAUGGGAUGGAGACCCAAAGGGACUGCCGUGUUGGCAGCGCCUGGGUGUGGGCCCAUUUUGGGGACCAAACACCAAGCUGUGGUCGGAUGAGUGCCAGGACCUGUGUGCCAGGACACGUGGGAAUCCUCCCAGCAUGAUGCUUGACCGACCCCAGGAAGUCCUCAUCUUUUGUGCCUGUCAUUCUUGGAUGGCUGUGAGGCAUUCCUUGGCAAGGGACGCUGCAUACCAGCGGUCCUCGCCGCAUCUCACGUGGCUCCCGUGAUGCAUGUUGUUGCUUUCCCACCCGGGAUCUCCAUCUCUCUUCCCUUCCUGCUGUCAGUAAGAGAUCACAUGUCUGUGUAGUGUGAAUGCCUUGUCGCUGUCCUGUGCUUUUGCACCAUUGAGUUGACUGCCUCUGAGAAGCAGCACUAGGCCUGUUGAAAUGCAGUGUGCUGCCCUGAGAUCCAGUUUCAAGAACGGGCAGCUAAACGCAGUGUGGGAAAGGGAUGUGGAAUGAGAACUUGGUGGUUCACCGCUGUACUGUUUGUGUAAUCAUUUAUGUAUGUGGUAAGCUACAUGUAUGUAAAUAUUGCAAUACCCCUAACAGCCGAGUAGUAUUCUCCCUUGCAGGAAUUUCUGACGGGGUUCCUCAUCAUCAGUACCAAAUAAAUAUAUGUAGGAAUGGAAAA